CCUAGUGCUGAUCGCUCGUGCCGGUGUGGCCGUUAACAGCCUUUGCGGGAGCCUGAGGCUCGAGAGCAGCCCCCUCCCCUUCCUGGACUCCCCCCCCCCCCACUUUCCCGGUCGGCCCCGGGGCAUGAGUAGCGAUGGCCGGCUGCAGCCCUGAGGAGAAAACUUACCGGCGCUUCCUGGAGCUAUUCCUGGGCGAGUUUCGCGGACCGUGCGGCGGCGGCGAGCCUGAACCGGAACCCGAACCCGAGUUGGAGCCCGAGACCGAACUGGUAGUGGCUGAAGCGGCCGAGGCUUCGGUCGAGGACCCCGGGGAGGAGGCGGCCGCCGUAGCCGCGACGGAGGAGGGGGAGCAAGAGCACCAGCAAGACCCCGAGCCCGAAGAGGAGGCGGUGGAGGAAGAGGCGGCGGCGGCAGCAGAGGGCGAGGAGGAGGAGGCGGCGGCAGCCCGGGGGCAGUCGGCCGUGCCACCGCCGCCGCCGCAGCCCCAGCUGCCGCCUCUGCCCCCGCUCCCGCGGCCGCUGUCGGAGCGCAUCACCCGUGAGGAGGUGGAGGGCGAGAGCCUGGACCUGUGCCUGCAGCAGCUCUACAAAUAUAAUUGCCCUUCCUUUUUGGCUGCUGCUUUAGCCAGAGCCACGUCAGACGAAGUCCUUCAGAGUGAUCUUUCUGCACAUUAUAUCCCAAAGGAAACAGAUGGCACAGAAGGAACUGUGGAGAUUGAGACAAUGAAAUUGGCGCGUUCUGUCUUCAGCAAACUACAUGAGAUUUGCUGCAGCUGGGUGAAAGACUUCCCUCUCCGCAGGAGACCCCAGCUUUAUUAUGAAACAUCAAUCCAUGCCAUCAAAAACAUGCGCAGGAAAAUGGAAGACAAACAUGUCUGCAUUCCUGACUUUAAUAUGCUCUUCAAUUUAGAGGACCAGGAAGAACAAGCUUACUUUGCAGUGUUUGAUGGCCAUGGAGGAGUGGAUGCUGCCAUUUAUGCCUCCAUUCACCUGCAUGUUAAUUUAGUACGCCAGGAAAUGUUCCCCCAUGAUCCUGCUGAGGCCCUGUGCCGGGCCUUCCGGGUUACUGAUGAGCGGUUUGUGCAGAAAGCAGCCAGGGAGAGCUUAAGAUGUGGGACCACAGGAGUGGUGACUUUUAUCAGAGGUAACAUGCUCCAUGUGGCCUGGGUUGGGGAUUCCCAGGUUAUGCUUGUGAGAAAAGGCCAAGCUGUUGAACUAAUGAAGCCACACAAACCGGACAGGGAGGAUGAAAAGCAGCGAAUUGAGGCUCUUGGAGGUUGUGUAGUCUGGUUUGGUGCCUGGAGGGUGAAUGGAAGUCUGUCGGUCUCCAGAGCUAUUGGAGAUGCUGAACAUAAGCCAUAUAUCUGUGGGGAUGCAGAUUCUGCCUCUACUGUUUUGGAUGGAACUGAAGACUACCUCAUUCUGGCCUGUGAUGGCUUCUAUGACACCGUGAACCCUGAUGAGGCAGUGAAAGUUGUGUCUGACCACCUGAAGGAGAAUAAUGGAGACAGUAGCAUGGUUGCCCACAAAUUAGUUGCAUCAGCUCGUGAUGCUGGGUCAAGUGAUAACAUCACUGUUAUUGUGGUAUUCCUGAGGGACAUGAACAAAGCUGUAAAUGUUAGUGAGGAAUCAGAUUGGACAGAGAACUCUUUUCAAGGAGGGCAAGAAGAUGGUGGGGAUGAUAAGGAGAAUCAUGGAGAGUGCAAACGCCCUUGGCCUCAGCACCAGUGCUCAGCACCAGCCGAUCUAGGCUAUGAUGGGCGUGUGGAUUCAUUCACUGAUAGAACUAGCCUGAGCCCAGGGUCCCAAAUCAACGUGCUGGAAGACCCAGGCUACCUAGAUCUCACACAAAUAGAAGCAAACAAACCUCACAGUGCCCAGUUUUUGCCACCAAUUGAGAUGUUUGGUUCUGGUGCACCAAAGAAGGCAAAUCUUACUAAUGAGCUAAUAAUGGAGAAAAAAUCAGUUCAAUCAUCACUGCCUGAACAAAGUGGUGCUGGAGAGUUUCCCUCUUUUAAUUUGGGUUCAACAGGGCAGCAGAUAUACAGAAUGGAGAGCUUAUCUCCUGUCUGUCCUAGGUUGGAAAAUGAACAGUUCAAAUUCCUGGGAAAGAGAGUUUCCAGAUUGUCUCAUUUACGCUAUCAUUAUUCAAAGAGAUGGUAUGGAUUCAGGUUUAAUACAAAGUUGUAUUCAUUUAUGUCUGCUCAAGAGCCUUCCCACAAAAUAGGCACUGGUCUGUCCUCACUUAUUCGAAGUGGGAAGAGAAAUAGGAUGUUAAGAAGUUUUCUGCCAUGGAGGCAAAAUAUUUGGAAAGGAUACAGUGCCAACAUGAUGAGGAAGCUCAGAAAGAGUAAUGAUAUUCCAGACCCAGGUCUUCCUUGGAGCUAUAAAAUAUAAUACUUUCUCUCUUUAAAGUAGGCUAGCUAGCUCUCCCCCAAUAAAAACACCACUAUCAGAGUAGAAACAAGGUAGACAUUUCUGAAAUAUAUGUGCUUCAUUAUGAAACCAUGGAUGGCUCAAUUCUUAAAUGUAAAUAGAUCUCUAGAAAACCCAAAAGUGUUUUCAAUCUAAAAAAAAAAAGUAUUGGCGGUUUCACUAGCAAAAUUAUACAACUGGUCCCUGUGAUGUGUCUCCACACCUACAUACAAUCCCCACUUUACUACCCUUCACAUCACUAGUGGAAGCUUGUGAGUUAUUUUAGUCAGGAUAUCUAAUGUUGAAAUCUGAACGCAGGUGAUAUCUGGUUUGAUGUGCCUAAUAUAUCUAUGGGAAACCUAAUGCAGAAUUAGAUUUAACUGGGGGAUGUUCCUUAAGACUGGGGACUGUGAGGGAACCCCUCCCCUCUUUUUUUUGGUUGGUAAAAGACUAAAAGCCAUAUGGGUUUUAAUUGGUUACAGUGAAAGCAGAAAACUAGUAUAAAAGUGUCAUAUUUUCAGACUUGUGAGGUGGUAUACAGUCAAAAAGAUAUACUGAUUUUUUUUCCUGUAACAUAAAAGAUUAUGAAAAUUUUCUGAAUUAAAAAGUAUUUCCUAGGGCUGUGUAGCUAUUUGGGAGUUUCAUAACCUGUUAUGGUGCUUUUGGCAGAAUUUUUAUUAUUUGUCAUUUUAGACUGCUGUCAACUGGUUUUAACCUAUGAUGCUAAUAUGUUUUUCACUGUACCUUCAUCUCAGGAAUAAAACUGAUUUAAUGGAGAUGAUGUUAGGUACAAAUAUACUAGAAUCAAGUUACCAUUUAAAAAAGAAAAACAGUAUUUCUAUUUUUUCUGCCUUUUUUUAAGUUCACAGACAGCAAAAGCAUACACUACUACAAAAAUAAAAACUGGUUUUGGUGAAUGAAAAAUACUGGUUUUAACUUCUCUAAAAUUGUUUUCCCCAAGGGAAUGAAAUAAUUGGUAUGAAAGAGGUUGAAAGCACUGCCCAAAGUCAGCCCAGAGAGGCCAAGUGCAAAGGAGAAGGCAGAGAACGGAGACUGAGGUCUAUCUAGUUACGAAUGGAGAAUGCUCCAGAGUCCUGCUACAUGCAACUUCAGACUGCAGAGAGGACGUCUUUCUCAUUUCAGUAUAGUUACUUAUAUUUGAUAAUUUGUCUGUUUUGCCAUUUCUGUAGUUUCAAGCUAGAAGCAUAUCUUUAAAGACAGCAAAUAAACUAAUAAGCAGAUUCAUUCUGUGAAGCUGCCUCUGGUUCUCUUGAGAAUCAUGAAUAAUACCACAUGACCUUUUACCUUCCCCUAGUCAACCGUGGACCAGCCAUACCAUGGACAGGAGCUGCCCACUCACAUAUAACACUGGGAGGCACCAAAUGUUCUUGCUGAAAAAUGUCCACUGCCUGUGUUUUUUAUAGAAUAAUACUGUUACUUUAUGUUCCCCAGACCCAUAAUGGAGGACUCAGAUUCCUAGAUUUUAAAAACAAAGGACUGCAGCGUAUUUUGGAUGCCAGUAUAGCUAUAUCAAAUACAUAAAAACUUCAGCAAUGAUCAGAUUGUUAAUCUAUACAUUUUAUUUUUAAGAAUUUCUAAGAUUUUCAGUAUUUCUCUUGAAGUCAUUUAUUCUUUUCUCAAGUCUUCUGAUACGUGGCUAAAAAGGAGGAAGUAAACAUGGCUCCAAAUAUAGUACCAGAAUUUUCACUAACCUGAUGUUUACCCCCAUAUACGAACCUCACUCACAUCUGUCACUUUCUGAAGCCUAGAUCUUGUUAACAACCCAUCAGGUGAAGAGUCAGUUUCAAAUCAAAUUAUCUAAGGAAACAAGAAAACAGGCAGCAGAGUAUUGGUACACAUUAUAGUCCAAAGCACUUACCUAAAUUAAAAAAAUGUUUUUAAGAUUUUCUGUAGUUGUCCAUUGCUACUGUGUUUGAUCAGAAUAAAGAAGGUGAAAGGAAAGAAGAUACAAAUGAUAGAUUUUUUUCAGUGGGGAAAAAUGGUUGGAUGAAACUCGGAUGAAUAGACCACACUUUUAAGGGUCUGAAUUUUGUAGAUCUGACUAUAGAAGCAGUUCCAUUUUUCAUACCAGUAGCCCUCUAGAAAAUAAAGCAGAGUAGUUCUAGUGUGGUCAAGUUAUAAACCAAUAUUGUGAAAAAUAGCAACUCUUCAUUUGUUCACAACAUGCAUAUUUAUAGAGUAGUUAGGUGACAUUUGUAAGGUAAAUCCUUUAAAAUUCUACAUUAAAGUAGUGGUUAUUGGUAUGAUAUAUGCUGCUCUUGAUUCUAUAAACUAGGUAAAAAGCAGUGCUUUGUGAAAUGCAGUGUUAUAUCUUAAUGCCACUGGUGAUAGAAAGUAGUUCCCUUCAGUUCAAAUCCUGUGCCCUUAUUUGCUGCUUGCUAAUGUAAGCAAUAAGUACCCCUCUAACUAAUGGUAUCUACACAUUCUGUAACUUGUAUUUAAUGAUGGUGUAUCUGGUGAUUGUAAAAAUAUUAGAUAUAAAAGUAUAUAUAAUAUAUAUUAACUGUUAAUGCU